CUCGGACGAUCUUCCUGGGCGAUGCAACCGCACGUGCCGGCCAUCCUCUCGGCACGUGCUGUCCCCCUCCUCUGCUCCCUCUCCCUCUCAGCCAUUAAUGGCCUUCGGAGCCUUCGCUCUUUGUCUCUCCCGGAGCGUCGCGUCGCGAAUGCUUUUCUUGCAACGCAUGUUUGUUGCAAGAGAUGGGGUGUACUACUUCCCGGUAUGCAACUGGAAAGAAGAAACCUGUGCCUAUACGUGAAAUUGUGGUUUUUGUGCCAUCAACAAGAGUUCCUAAAGAAAUUGAUCUCAGAAGGCCACUAAGAGGGUCCUUGUCAGAAGGCCUCCUCGAAAGAUUAGCAGCACUUCGAGCCAAGGUUGUUGCCCUGUCAGAGAAAUGGUCCCUCAAUUGUUCAACGCCUACCGGGAAUAUUGCAACCGAAGAUGAUGUGUCUUCUAUUACGGGCCUUCAGGAUGCUCUCGAAGAAUACUUGCCUGUACUUACGGGCUUAACUAAAAAAGAUUACCAUCUUCAAGACGUGGUGGAGUUUGAUUGGGGAAAUCCAGAAGAGGGUGGAAUGGGACUACCUAUAGCAAAUUCGUGGUACGAGUUGUUGUCAGUUCUACAUAUCAUGGCGAUGGUAUCAUUGUCAGCUGCAAACCGGAUGCUUAUUCCAAAAGAUCAAGGUGAUGCGUAUGGAAGGAAGGUAUCAGAAGAUUGCAUGAAGACUGCUAUUGAGUUACUGCUGAAAGCAGCUGGAUAUUUAGAAUAUGGUGUUCAUCAUGCAUUGGUUAAUCUGACACCUGAUGCCAAAAGAAUGCUUCCCAAGGACUUGGAAGAGACCAUGUUGGAGGCCAUCUCCCACCAAGCACUAGGCCAGGCAAUUGAGAUUCAGCUUAGUUUGGCUGUUGAAAGUGAAAAGGCAACACUGUCAGUAAUGAGGAGGCUUGCAUGUGAACAACUGACAUACUUCGCUCAGGCUUAUUUAUGCUUGUCAAGUUAUGGUGAUUGUGAACAGCGCUUAAAAAAGCACCUUUUGUUUGUCAAAUGGAAAUAUCUUGAAGCGAAGGCUGCAGCAUAUUACUACCACGGUCUGCUACUUGACAAAGGUACUGCUGACAUCGAUCACGUGAAUGCACUCAGUUGCCUUCUAGCUGCAGAUGAACUACUUGCUGAUUGCAAGAGAAUAUGCUUAACUUUCUGUCUUGCCAAGCCUGUCACGAGGGUUCCUCCUGCAUGGGGUGCAAUGAAACAUUUGCAGCUGAAAAUUCCGGAAACUCUCUUCAAAAAGUCCCAGAUGUAUGGCUACCUCCUUGAUUUUGACGGGAGUAGUCGAGAGCUGCCUGAUCUACCUGAGUUUGAGCUCUCACUGAAGCCGGAUGAGUAUGAACUUCCCACAACAGAUCCCGUUUGGGAAAAUGAGAAAUGCGAACUUCGGGUCCAUACACUGAAACAGCACCUCAAGGAUUCGGAGGACGAGAUGGAGAUGGAAUUUCCCCGGGAGGAUGUGUAAAUCACAGGAAUCCUUUCAGUACAGUGUUGUUGAUUGAUAGGCCGAUUAUGGGUGAGUGUUGUGCUUACCUGUAACUUGUUAAUUGUUGCUUAUGACUGCACUGUUCCUGUAGAAUUCAGUUUUCAAAUGAACUUAUGGCUGUUCUCGUCGUGCGAAAAUUAAUGAA